AUGAUGUGCCACCCCGUCGCAACGUCUGGCGUCGACGCAGGCCCCGGCAACGGACUGUCAGGAGCCCGGCCUGAGCCGGUCUACAGGCGCCGGCGCCUCGGUGCGACGGGACUCGAGCCCACCGACCGCGAGGCGCGAGGCGGCGCCAAUCGAGGCAGGACGAAGCCGGCAGUCCACGAGACCGUCGUCAAACUGACCCUCAGGCCCGAGAGGUCGUCCAGCUGGACCUACGGUCUGCAGUUGGCGCCGCCAGAAGCUGUAGGUUUUGUUUACGGCACCAGCAUCUUCGAGGAAUGGUUGCAUUUUUCACAGAAUAACACACGUUUUAUGCCAGUUCAUCAUUCCGCAUAA